GCCUCACCGGCGCCCUAGCCUAGCGCCCGGCGUCUUCUGCCGGCAGCUGGGACUGAGGUGGAGCUUGAGGACCUCGCCUUGCGGUGGCGCAGCCACCUCCUCCCCACGCGCGCGCCUCGAGUCGGCGUGGGCGUCGGAGGAAGCAGGGAUACAGUACUUAAUGAAAAACCCAUGCUUACGGAGUAGAAAUGGCAGGCUUCCUAGACAAUUUUCGUUGGCCAGAGUGUGAAUGUAUUGACUGGAGUGAGAGAAGAAAUGCCGUGGCUUCUGUGGUAGCAGGCAUAUUGUUUUUUACAGGCUGGUGGAUUAUGAUUGAUGCAGCUGUGGUGUACCCCAAGCCAGAACAGUUGAACCAUGCCUUUCACACCUGUGGUGUAUUUUCCACCUUGGCUUUCUUCAUGAUAAAUGCUGUAUCCAAUGCUCAGGUGAGAGGUGACAGCUAUGAAAGCGGCUGUUUGGGAAGAACAGGUGCUCGAGUUUGGCUUUUUAUUGGUUUCAUGUUGAUGUUUGGGUCACUUAUUGCUUCCAUGUGGAUUCUUUUUGGUGCCUAUGUUACCCAAAAUACUGAUGUUUAUCCUGGACUAGCUGUGUUUUUUCAAAACGCACUUAUAUUUUUUAGCACUCUGAUCUACAAAUUUGGAAGAACUGAAGAGCUAUGGACCUGACAUCACUUCUUGAAUCACGCUUUCCUUUUGUUACAUUCUAUUUGUAGAUAAGUUUUUAUCUCUCAGUACUCAUUGCCAAAUGGAAUAGAUUAUAUAUGAAAUGUUUCCUUUCUUUACAUUCUUAUGCUCUGAGUUUUUAAAUAGUUUUAUGAAAUUUCUGUCUCUUAUUUUUCCUUGACUAGGUACUAUUAAUAUGUACAUAAUACAAGACUAUGUAGAUUAAAUGAUGAGUAUCCGUUUUUUAUUUCUGAGACUUAGAGCUUAAUGUUUUACCUUAGCGGGUUGUAUCAUCAUGUUUUUCUAGUGGAAACCACUCUUUCAGGCUCUCUAAUUUCUGAAGAUGUGCAGAAAAUAAUAGCUCCAUAUAUCUGGAAUAAGCACUAAGCCAUUAAAAAAAGGUAUUUCAGCAAGUUGUAAUUUAUUUUGGCCUAAAAUGAGAUUUUUUUUUUAAAGGAAAGUGUUUGUUCUUAUGUAUUAAAGAAGUGGACUUUUAUACGAAGAUUUUUAAAAUGUUGAAGGACUAGUUUGAAAGCCUCUUUUAAAAAGAAUUCCUCCAAUACAGCUUUUUUUGAGAUGGGACAAUACAUGAUCAAAUAAACUCAGUUUUUUAUGGUUAAUGCAGAAAGACUGUAAGGCAACUCAGCAGCAUGCUUCUCAUAAAAGCAUCUUAAAUUAUCCACUGGGGUUAUCUUUUGACAGCCUGCCAUUAUCUGAUGUUACACAAUACAGUAGCAAGCAAAUUUGAGACAACUGCAGUUUAAAAGCAUGAACCAUGUAACAGAAAGUGGAGCAAGUAGUUUAAAGAUAAAGUACUUCUUCCCAAAGGGAGUUAUUAUCACCUACUGAAAAAUUAGGUAUUUUAUCCACUUAGUUACUGACUGCAAGUCAUCUUUUUGCGCUAGCUCUGAAGCUUUGGGUGAACGUUCCUGUGAAAUAUAUCUCCAACUUCAAAGUUCAUACUCCAAUCAAAAACUUCUUUUGCUGAGUUUGAAAUACUGUAUUUGCACUGAAUGUAUUCCUAUGGGCCUUGCUUUCCUUUGUUAGCCCAGAUUUUGUGUUGCACUUUUUUAUCCAGAGGGAUGUGUUAUAGAGCCCUUUGUUCUAAGACAGAAAAAUAUCAUUGGUAGGGCAGUUCCUAAUGCAAGCCUUAUUUGGCACUUCUCUCUCUGAGAGGGCUCCCUGGGCACAGAAUAUGAAGCAGUUGUGGAAUGCUGUGCCUUUGUGUACAUAACCAGCUUGUUUAUUAUUAUUAUUCUUUGUUGUUUUCUUCCUUACAAUGUCAGUAAGCUCUGUCUUUCCUAUUACCACUCUCAUAAUCUGUUGCAAUAAAUACUACUUCUCACACAUUCUAAUAUUGUUAAGUUUAUUGGAGAAAAUAAACCAUAAAAAUUGA